UUAUUAGGAAGAGGAAGGGCACAGUGUGAGCAGGCCAUUAUAAAAGACCACUACCACCCUCUUUUCCAAUCCCCCACUCCCUCUUUUCUCACACACACCAAACAAAACACAACACAAGGAAAAUGGCAAUAAUGUCAGAAGGGGGACUUGCAAAAUGUACCAGAAUCCGGCACAUCGUCAGGCUCCGCCAAAUGCUGCGGCGCUGGCGUAGCAAGGCUCGCAUGUCGGCCCACCGAGAAGUACCCUCCGAUGUUCCGGCGGGACACGUGGCGGUGUGCGUGGGCACCAACUCCAGGAGAUUUGUGGUGCGCGCCACCUACCUGAACCACCCCGUGUUCACGAAGCUACUUGUAGAGGCGGAGGAAGAGUACGGAUUCUCCAACAACGGUCCUCUCACCAUUCCCUGCGACGAAACACUCUUCGAACAGCUCCUCCGCUUCAUUUCACGCUCUCAUUCCCCUCCCUCCAACCGCUUCGACGACUGUCACGUUCCUCUCAUAAACAACCUCGACUUCUGCCUCCAAUCUCGACCACUACUCCACUGAACCAAACCAAACGCAACACAUUCACAUAACUAAAAACAACAACAACAACAACAUUGUUUCAGUGCGAUUCGGCGGAGAAUGCUGAGGUGAUGGCAAAGGGUUCCCACAAUGGUCCACCCAGUCGUCCCGGCUUCCGGUCCCAGUUCACCCUAUUGUUUUUCAACCUGUAUAUUUUCACUAUUAUUCCCAGUAAUAAUAAUUCAUGCAAAUUCAACUGAAUUUCCCCACGCUCAAUUAUUAUAGAUUCUCCGUCUGUUUGUUUUUAGCACGAUGCAAUCAUAGAAAGACAGAGCAAAUGAGACUUAUCAGUAGCAUAGCAUCAACCCACGUGAAGAAAAAAGCAAGCACCGUGCCUCAAAGUACACGUUUAAUCAUGACUCACCACCACCUCCGCAAUUUUCCUUCUUCAGUCACUUCACUUGUUCAAAGUCUAUAUCACUCGCAACAAAUGUUUAAUCACUUUGAUUCUGUUUCUUCCUAUAUAUUCUUACCUCCUUUCUGGAUUUCAAUAAUCUAUACCUACACUCAUUUUAAUUAUGUUUCUACUUAAAUAUUUUUAUACUUUUCAAAUAGCCAUAAUAUAUU